GAAAAGAAUCACAAGGAGCUGCAAAGUGCAUGCCAAAGUAGACAACCGCAUAAUAAUAGCAUAAAAUUAGAAGGGGUCGCUCUUCCUUUCGCUUUCAGUUUCAGAUUUCAGUACUCAAAGCAAAGCAAAAGCCCCCCUUCAGUUUCUAUUUUUUACUGCCUUUAAUCUUGUUACUACUGCUAUUACUUUCUUGGCUUGGACUACUGUGCUUGUAUGGAUCUUUGUGUUCUUUCUGCUAUAUUACUUACCUUAGCUUUCCUAUUACCAACAUGGAAGCAAAUUUCUCUACUCCCUUGCUGUGCUUCUCACCUCUCUCCUUUUCUUUUUCCCUUUCCCUUUCCUUGCUCACUUAACCAUCCUUUUUGUUCCUUUCACUCUCAACUCUGCAUACUAUCCUAAGCUUUCUCCAGAACACAGUAUGCCUUUCGAAGCUGUCCCAUGCUUCCUUUGCUUCUAUGUUGAUUGCUUUCAGUUCCACCCCCUUUGUAUCUCUUCCCCUUCUUCUGUCUCUCUUCUUUACCUUAUCUUGACACUGGAAGCUCUUUCACUUUGAAAAGCCUUGUUUACAGUCUCUCUAUACAUUUGUAUUCCUUUUUCUAGGUUGUUUUCCAAAGACCAAGAGCUAUACUUUGUUUUCUCUUUCUGAGUUUUGAAAUAUCUAACAAGGAGGAUGCUUAUGAGAAGCAAUCGUUUUACUUUGGCUGUUUGCAUUCUAUGUUUGGGCAUUUGGUGCUGUGGCCAAGCAUACAAUACUGAAGAAGCAGCUCCCAUGGAGAAAGCUGAGCAAGCCGCUCUGUACUCUGCCAUACAAGGCUUUGUAGGUAAUUGGUGGAAUGGCUCAGAUCUCUAUCCGGAUCCUUGUGGUUGGACUCCAAUACAGGGGGUCUCCUGUGAUAUCGUAGGUGGCCUAUGGUAUAUAACUGCUUUGAGCAUUGGUCCCUUUUAUGAAAACUCACUUGCUUGUGCCACUAAUGUCGAGUUUAGGCCACAGCUCUACCAGCUCAAGCACCUAAAAUCUCUCAGCUUUUUCAAUUGUUUCAUAUCUCUUGGACAUCCAAUUACCAUCCCUGGUGAUAAAUGGGAAAAACUUGCUGGCAGCUUACAGUCAAUAGAGUUUCGGUCCAAUCCAGGUCUCAUUGGCCAAAUUCCUACUGGCUUUGGUUACCUCAAAAAGCUCCAAUCUUUAGUCUUACUAGAAAAUGGGUUAACAGGACAAGUACCAACUAAUAUUGGAAACUUAACCAACCUGAAUCGACUAGUCCUGGCUGGAAACAGGUUUACAGGUCGAAUCCCAGAUAGUUUCGGAAGGUUAAAGAAGCUGUUAAUCUUGGAUUUAAGUAGAAAUUCACUCUCCGGCCAUUUACCUCUAGGUCUUGGUGGUCUGGCAUCACUCUUGAAGUUUGAUUUGAGUAACAAUCAAUUGAAGGGGAAGCUGUUUGCACGUAAUGCAUAUCUGAAGAAUUUGACCCUUUUAGAUGUGAGAAACAACCAGUUUUCAGGUGGGUUAAACCAGCCAAUUCUAGAUAUGCAUUCUUUGGAAGAGUUGAUGCUGUCUUGCAACCCAUUAGGUGGAGAUAUUAUGAGGCUAGAUUGGCAAAGUUUACAAAGUCUUGUGGUGUUGGAUCUCAGUAAUGUAGGAUUAAAAGGUGAAAUUCCUGAAUCCCUAUCUGGAUUGAAGAGACUGAGGUAUCUGGGACUUGGUAACAACAAUCUGGCUGGCAAUCCCCCGCCAAAGCUAGCAUCUUUGCCCAAUCUUAACGCACUGUAUCUAAAUGGGAACAAUCUGACAGGAGUGCUUAAAUUCUCUGAAAUAUUUUAUGGGAAAAUGGGAAAGCGUUUUGGGGCUUGGAAUAAUCCAGAACUCUGCUAUCCAGUUGGGUCAAUGACAACAAGGAAUGCUCCAUAUGGAGUAAAGCCAUGCCAACGAGGUGUCACUUUGCUCGACCCUAAUUCUAGGGCCAAGUUGGGGGAUGGAAACUUGAACAACAAUUCUCAUUUCGUCGCCUCAUUGGGAUUCUCAAGCAAUGGCAUUCAUGGGCUUCGGCAGUUAAUUUUGGUAGAUACAUCGAUAACAGUACUACUAUUGAAUCUUUUCCUAUAGAUCCCUAUUUUGAAAAAGAGAAGCUAGUGAGGCCUCAUCAUUCACCUUUUCACAUGCUUCUUUUUCUUUUUCCCAUCUUGUAAUCCAAACAUCAAGCUAAUUGCUAGAAAGCCCUAAUGCCCAUGUCUUCAUUCUCAAGUAAGGUCAUUUUCUUUUGGGAAGUAUAUAUACACUUUGGUUUUAAUUUGUAAA